AUGCCUAACACCAGGGGCUCGAAGGUUACCCUGCCGCUGAUCACCGUCGCCCUCGCCGUCAUUAUCUACACUCAGUCCGAGUUCCUCUGGAAACUAAUUGGACAGGCGAACAUCGAUAAGUCCCGGCUCGUCAAGUGGGAAAAUAGCGAGCCUCUCAACAAUGGAAACUGUCAGGUUAUUAAAGAGAUGAAUGCUUGCGAGGAUGUGAAGAUCCAUUAUGCCUCAAAUACGGCGUUCCUUGCCUGUGGCGAUCCCUUGGAACGAAGGAAUUGGUAUCCCUGUGCGGGAAUGCGCGAUUCAACUAAGCGAUCGGAGGCAUCAUUCCGUGAAACUCUUUUCAAGUAUGAUCUGAUAUCUGGCAAACCUACGGAGUUGCAACUCCACGGUCUAGAAGGUGAUUUCAUUACGCACGGAAUUGAUAUCUUCUCGACACCUGGGGAUCCCUCGAAGGUCCAUAUCUUCGCGGUCAAUCACGCUCGAGAAGGAGAUUCCAUACUGAUCUUUUCGCACGAACUGGGCUCAGAUGUAGUUGAGUUGGAGAGUAAAGUGAGGCAUCCGAACAUCAAGACAGCAAAUGGCGUCGUUGCCACAGGAUCGAGGGAGUUUUAUGUCACGAACGAUCAUUAUUUCGCACUUGGCCCGCUCCGAGUGGCUGAAGAAGCAUAUGGUCCGUUUACUUGGUCAACGCAUGUCCAGUUCUGCGAUGCGAGCGCCGAGCACGUCACUUGUAAGCAAGUGACAGGUACUUUCCCCGGAGCAAACGGCAUAGCUUUGUGGAAAAAUCGACUCUUCGUGGGAGAUGCCAGGAACGGAACUGUGACUAUUUUUGACAUCCACCACGACAAGAGCUUGACGCAGUUGAGUCAAAUGGACCUCGGAGCCGCCGCUGACAAUAUCAACAUCGACCCUAUCUCUGGCGACCCAAUAGUUGCGAUAUUCCCAACACUUGAGGACUUACCAACCUAUCUCGACAAUGUGCUAUCUCUGGGCAAAGACUUCUUGGUUCCCGCUGCCUCACUUCGAUUGAAUCACGCCAAAGACUAUGCGCCUGAGCUGAUAUACUUUGACGACGGAUCUGUCAUGAGCUUUAUGACGACUGCAGCAGUGGACCCAUACAACAAUCUGUUUCUCGCAUCCGGCGUCAUCCAAUAUGGCGGGCUUGCUGUUUGCCAGGUGCCAGCGGGAACAUUUGCGUAA